AUGAAGAGGAAUCCUCGUAAGGUUAAGUGGACAAAAGCAUACAGGCAAUUGCAUGUCAAGGACAUGACCCAGGAUGCAACUUUUGAGUUUGAGAGCUAUGACCGCAAUUUGACGGAGCAAACUCUGAAGGCUAUCCCACUUAUUAUAAAGACUAGGCAUGACCGUCUGGAAAAGCACAUUUCAAACAGACAUAAACCUGGUAAACGCAAGGAGAUCCAAAAAGAUUCUAAGGAGGUGGCACAGAACAUCGGUAUGCUUCCGAAGAAGCUUAUUAGCAACGAGCUCGCAGCUGAGAAAACAAAGAUCAAGUGGAUUCAUGGACUGAUUAUCAGCAAGUUUUCCGUGCGGUUGCUGGUACUUGCACUGGAGUUGGCAAAUCUCAACCCUGAAACCACUCUAGUUUUCGUAGUUACACCAGGCAUCCUGCCUACUGAAGCUGUACCGUCCUUCCUCGACAAGCAUCGCACAGAAGCAUGA